AUGAACACACAACAAGGAAAAGAAACAAGUUUACUUUUGAUUGGAGGUAUAGGCGAUGGUAAAAGUUCACUUGGUAAUUUUAUUCUUGAAAACAACAGUUUUGUUGUGGGUUAUGGUUCUGAACCAACAACACAAGAGACUAUAGGGUAUAAUGGAAGAUAUGAUAAAAGCAAUGUAUUUGUCAUUGAUACGCCUGGCAUUCAAGAAUCAGGUGAAAUGGAUGAAAAUAAACUCAACCAAAUGAUAGACUAUCUUAAAGAACAAGAAGGAACAAAAGCUGUUAUUAUUGUAUUAAAUUUCAACACAGAAAUACUGUCAGAAAAUAUUAAAAGAAUGGUUAAAUUACUUUGUAAUAUUUUUCCAGUGGAUGAUUUCUGGAAACAUGUAUGUAUUGUAUGGACUAAUUGUUCAUACAAUAAAUCAGAAAAUGAGGUAGAAGAACAAAUAAAAACAAAGAAAGAUAAAAUAAAUCCAGAAUUACUAAAUCUUAUUAAAGAAACAACAAGGGAUGAAGAGGACAUUGAAUUUCCAAUGUUUUUUGUUGAUUUACAAUCAGAUGAAGGUUGUGAUAACACAAAAUCAGAGAAUGAAAUUAAAAAUCUUUUAAACUGGGCUUAUUAUUUAACUCCACUUGAUAAAAAGAGGAGUGAAAAGAAUACACCUAAAUAUAAAAAAGUUGAACCUCAGGAAAAAGAACAAACAGAAAUUAUAGAAGUAAAUGAUGAUUACAUAAAGUUACGAAUAUACCGUAUUGAAAGAGAGAAAAGAACUGGAUUCGAUGGAGAAAUUACUUACACUGAAUGGAAAGUGAUAAGUUAUCAAGACAAAACAGAAGUUAAACCACCCCAAAAAUCAUCUGGAAAAUGUGUGGUAAUGUAA